AUGGGGUGCUUGCCGGUUGUAAUUACCCUCACUCCCAGCAAUGCAUUCCAUAGUCGUGGAUGCAUUGAAUCAUUAUCCUCCAUUGCAGUUGAUUACAACCAGCAGUUGCAUACAAAGUUGAAGGUCAUGGAAAGCUAUGCCUAUGGUACCAAAAUUGUUUAUGCUGACAUAUAUAAACCAUUGGAUGAAAUUACUAAAAACCCCUCCAGAUUCGAUGGGUUUGAUGUUAUCUUGAUGAUCAUGGGAUUCUUGGGAGCAGCUGGUGAUGGAAUUUCAAUUCCGUUAAUGACGUAUAUCACUGCAAAGCUGAUGAACAAUAUUGGUGCUGAGAACGCCUCAAUUUUCAAAUAUUUCACUGAAGUCGUCAAUCAGAAUGCAUUGGGUUUCUGUUAUCUGGCUUGUGGGCAAUCUUUUGCUUGUUUCCUUGGUUAUUGUUGGACAAGAACAGCAGAACGACAGGCUUCACAUCUAAGAACAAGUUAUUUGAAAGCAGUGCUUAGGCAAGACGUGGGCUACUUUGAUUUGCAUGUGUCCUCUACAGCAGAUGUCAUAGCAAGCGUUUCCAGUGAUAGUCUUGUAAUUCAAGAUGUCAUUAGUGAAAAGGUUGAGGAUGAGGAUAUAUUUGCUAUAUGUGCCGGGAUUCAAAAGUCUGAUUAUAGAGGUUGA